CCCGAACUGAAUCGCUGAAACGGUCGCCGUGCAGCGCUGGUGCGUUCGGCGCCAUUGGCUACGAAACGCGCUAACGAAUCACAGCAACUAACUAGCCAAAUCACCCGCCGCGCCGAACAGCAACGCGAACAGAAAUUGCAUCAAAACACCCCGCCGCGCCUCCUCCCAUGGGCAGCGCAAUCCCAACUUCAGGCCCUAGAUCGUGCUCGACGCCGGUCGAUCGAGGGAGCGAGCUACGCCGGCUGCCGCCGCACCGGUAGCUCAGGCUCAGCUCGUCUCCCUCCGAUGGCCGACGUCGACGCGGUCGCCACCGAGCGUAGGACGCGGCCGGCGUCGCUGUCGUCAGAGGACACCGACAACGAAGUCGUCGACAAGAAGCCCAUCCUGCGGCUGGCGUUGCCGUCCCCGAUGCGCACAGCGGGCCAUGCCUUGGAGGAACCGCCAAAGAGAAGGGUGCCGGGGCGCCGGUCGCGGACGGUGCGGAUGUUCCAGAGAAUGUGCCGGUCGCUCCCGGUGAUGACGCCGCGGUGUGGGCGGCAGCUGCAGCCCGGGGCGUGCCGGAUCGCGGCGCCGGCGCGGCUCACAGCGUCGGACUCCCUGCUGUCGCAGUUCAUCGCGUCGUCUUCCGGCGUGGGGGCGUCCAGCCAGCGCUUGACCGGUACGCUGUUCGGCCAUCGGGACGGCCGGGUUUCGCUGUCCCUGCAGGAGAACGCGCGAUGCCAGCCGACCUUCGUCGUGGAGCUCGCGCUCCCGACGCACGCGCUUCUCCGCGAGCUCGGCUCCACCGCGGGAGCGCGCAUCGUGCUGGAGAGCGAGAAGCACGCGGAUGUCGACGGCGAGGGUAGUGCUAGCUGGCGCCACGACGACGGGUGGGUGCUCGAGGAGCCCAUGUGGACCAUGUUCUGCAACAGUAAGAGGGUGGGCUACGCGGUGCGGCGGGAGCCGACCGACGAGGACAUCGCGGUGCUGGAGAUGCUGUGGGCGGUGUCGAUGGGCGGCGGCGUCCUCCCCGGCAGAUCGGACGUGGACGGGCCUGACGGCGAGAUGGCGUACAUGCGAGGGAGCUUCGAGCACACCAUUGGCUCCCGGGACUCCGAAUCGCUGUACAUGGUCGGGCCUCCCGGCGGCGACUGCCCGGAGCUCGCCAUAUUCUUCGUUAGGCUAUGAUUGGGCAUACAGUGUACACAUCGCAUGCGAGGCUAAUUUUUCUCUGGUUGCCUUGUCUCGUCCUGAUUGUCAGAAAUGUUCAUUGUCAUCAAAGAUUAGGCAAAACCAAAAAAAGAA